AUGGCGGGGCAACUCCGCCGACUGCCAUGUAUACCAGUCGAUCUUAUUCUCAAGUCUAUCGACUCGUCUCGAGAUCUCGUGAAUCUCAUCUCGGCAUCACCGCGAUGCUACAGAGUCUAUAGACGCAGGCCAGUGGCUUACCAAACCUCUGCGAUUCAAAAGGCUAUUCCUGCGCCCCUCUGGCCAGACUUUUGCGCCCUUCACCUGGCCACUCAGUACUUUGGUGGUCCUGACAGGAGCACGGUGCCCGCAACAGACUUGCUCGAGGUCAAGACGUUUCUGGACCAGCACUUUCACGGUGCCCUGCCGACCGAUUUGCCAAUCUGGCAAGGGAGUUUCAAGCUGGCCCGAGGCAUUGUGCACAAGAUUGAAUGGUUCGUCAAAGAUUUUACAGAGACUGUGGGAGCAGAGGCACGGAGUCUGCAACAAAUAUACAGACAGCGAGUGCAGAAUCAUGUCAAUGGGCCUACAGAUGAUGAGCCAUCAUCUACAGAAUUUGGUCUCUCAGCUCCCGAGAGGCUUCGACUUUAUCGAGCCUUUAUCCAAUUCGAGCUGUCCUGCGUGCUGUUCCACCCUUCACCCACGCGCUCUCGGAUUCACGGAAGAUACAGCGGCAAAGACCAGCACCAUCUCUUCUUCUCGAACCUCGAGAUUUGGGAAGUAGAGGCCAUUGCCUGCAUCCACCAGUACCUGACGCGCUUUAUCCGCUCCGCAUGCGACGGUCUCGACGGCAGGUUUGAAAGUUUCGCGCGAAGCCUCGAGCCAGAGCCCCGUCUCAAGCACCUCGCCUUGCAGAGCUGCGCAAGUCCCUGGACGCUUGCCGACUUGUCUGUGCUGCAGUUUGGCAGUUUUCACCACUUUUCCACCGCUUUUCGAAAAAUCGACGACCACGGCGAGGGCGCCAAGAUUGCCGCCGGCCUCGGCUUCAUGCUCGAGUUUGCGCGCGGCGACCAGAUGACGCAGCUCAAACUGCUUCGAAAAUACACCGUCAAGCACGAUCCUCUCUACACAGCCCUGGCCUUUUUGCGACAAGAUCAGGCUCUCUGCACACUGACGGGGCCGUCGACUGACGACGGCACAGAGGCGAGUGCGAGCUACGUCAAGCACUAUGCGUCUGCCAUUGGACGCUUUGAGGACGACCAAGCAGUCUACUUUCCCAUGAGAGCGCUCGGCUGCGUGUUCUGGGACUCGGCACGACUCGAGUCGGGGCUUUUUGCCGAUACGCGCCGGUGUAUACGCCUCUUGGACCAGGAGCAGGGUUACGAUUGGGCGACGGACCGCUACACUCGCAAGAAUCGACCCAGCCCGGAACAGGCGCUUCAGAAUGUGUAUAUACCAUGGCUUGAAGAACAUGUUCUUAGAAAGCAUUUUGGUUUGGACGACGGCUCAUCGUUGAAUUUGCUCCCCAGGUUGGGUUGGUGGUAA